GAACGUAUUUUCAGACGAAAAAAUGAAUGAGGUAAUUGAUAUACAUAUUCCAAACGGCAUAAAUUUUCAAACGGAAAAUAAUGUUGUCCUCGCUCAACAACUUAAUAGAGAAUUUGGAGGUCGCCGCGAGCUCCUUAGUUGCCUCCGAGUAAUGGCACAUGGAGGGGCCCACUAUGACACCGAUUGUUGA